CCACUUCCAUUUUCCUCUUAUAUUAAAAAGGUUUUUCCAAAACAAAAAUGGCGAGCCAGCAAAUAUCAAACCACAGAGACGACGCGGAGAUCCACCACGGCGAGGCUCUGUGCAAGCAGAAAUCGCACGAGCUCCUGGGCGGGAUCUCUCUGCCCAAGGGGCUCCUCCCUCUAGACGAGGUAGUGGAGGUGGGCUACAACCACACCACCGGGUUCAUCUGGCUAAAGCAGAAGCGCAAGAAAGAGCACCGGUUCCGAGCGAUCGGGCGAACGGUGUCGUACGACACGGAGGUCACGGGCUUCGUGGAGGAGCGCCGCAUGAGGAGGCUCACUGGGGUCAAGAGCAAGGAGCUCCUCAUCUGGGUCUCCAUCUCCGACAUCUACGUCGAUGAUCCUGGGUCCGGGAAGAUCACCUUCGCCAACUCCACCGGGAUCUCCAGAACCUUCCCGGUAUCGGCGUUCGAACUCGAGUCGGAGGGCAGCAGUGGGGAUCACAAAAAAUGAGGGAUUUUUGCUGAAAUUGUUGGAUUUCAAGUAUUUUUAGUUUUGUUUGAGUUGGUCAUGCCAGAAUAAUGAUUAACUGGUGAAAUAGAUCAAUUUAUAUAAGCAAUUGGGCGACUUAUUUCCUGCGCGCAGAAUAUAAAAUAAUUUUUAUACAAGUUAAUGCUUUUGAUUUCA